AUGGCACCAAAACUCUGGCAAUGGCUACUUACUCUGUCUGCUGAUGUCACUGUUGUUGCAGAGGAAAGAACUACCUGCUCUGGGUGUGUGACAGUCAUGGCGACAGAAGACCCCAACCAGACUGUGGUAAGCCACUUCUUCCUGGAGGGCCUGAUGUACACAGCUGAACACCCUAGCUUCUUCUUCCUCCUUUUCCUCCUCAUCUACAGCGUCACCUUGACUGGGAAUCUUCUCAUUCUCAUAACUGUAGCCUCUGACCCUCACCUCUCCUCCCCUAUGUACCACUUCCUGGGGCAUCUCUCCUUCUUGGACGCAUGUUUGUCUACAGUGACAGUGCCCAAGGUCAUGGCCGGCCUCCUGUCGCUGGAUGGAAGGAUGAUCUCCCUCCAGGGCUGUGCGGUGCAGCUUUACUGCUUCCACUUCCUAGCCAGUACUGAGUGCUUCCUGUACACGGUCAUGGCCUAUGACCGCUACCUAGCUAUCUGCCAACCCCUGCACUACCCAGUUGCCAUGGACAGGCGGACGUGUGCAGGGCUGGCUGGAAUCACUUGGGCCCUGGGUGCUGUGCACUCUGCCACCCAUACCUCCCUCACCUUCCGGUUGCUCUACUGUGGCCCUAAUCGCAUUGCUUACUUCUUCUGUGACAUCCCGCCUGUACUGAAGCUGGCCUGUGCGGACACAGCCGUCAAUGAGCUUGCCAUGCUUGCCAGCAUCGGUGUCGUGGCAGCAGCUUGCCUGAUUCUCAUCAUCUUUUCCUAUGGCUUCAUCGCCGUGGCGGUGCUGCGGAUUCGCAGCGCUGAGGGCCGACAGCGUGCCUUCUCCACCUGCACUUCCCACCUCACGGUGGUGUGUCUGUACUACCUACCGCCCGUCUGCAUCUACCUGCAGCCUCGCUCCAGCGGGGCAGGAGCCGGUGCCCCCGCGGUCUUCUACACAAUAGUCACACCCGCGCUCAACCCUUUCAUUUACACUCUGCGGAACAAGGCCAUGAAGCAGGCUCUGCGGAGACUUCUGGGCCAAGGCUCUGCAGCGGGCAGCCCACCCCCGCAGCCUGUGCUGGGACUCUCCUGA